UAAAUAAAGUUAUUUUUAAAUCAAUAACUACUGAUUUCAGCACCGAAAGAGUAGCCCGCAAGUAGAACAAUGUCGUGUUUAAUUUCGGGCUAUUCGUUGGGUGUUGAAAUCAGUAGGUUUAGAUAAAAACGUAAUUUGAAGUGACGUCGGAGCUCUAGUAUGCCCACACAAAUCCAUCGUAAAUCGUGGAAUUGCGUUUAAUCGGCUAUGCUAAGGCUUGAAAGUCAAGUCCAUGAUUUUCCAAUGAUGAGGGAUAAGAAUUUGCCAAAUAUAUUAUUUUGUGAUAUUAUAAUUAUACUGUAUAGGCAUGCUGGUUAGAUAUACAUAUGGACACCAUCGCUGUCAGUCAGCUGUGUUGGUGACGUUGGUGGAUGCAUGCAUUAAUGAAUGGUUUCGAUGUUUCACCAAAGGAUCCAAAGGAAUAUGCAGGCAGCUCUCCUUCCCUGUGGAUUCUAAAUUAUGUGGGCCUGAUUUUGACAGUGGUUACCUUCUGAAGAUGUGGCAUUCCAUUCUCACUUGAACUAGGCCGGGUCUUCCAUGGCCAUGUUUCGGCUCCGAGCUGUGACUGGGAGCUUCUACUUUCGCAGGUUUCUGCAUGGGGGGGCAGCGAACUGGGACCAGGUUCUGGAGCAGCUUGGUAUCUGCUCUGGUGAAGACCAAGUGUUGGAGGUGGUGGGCAAGAACAAGGCCAAACUGACUGUGAACCAUGUUGGCUGUGCCAUGGGCAUGCUCUGGCAGUUCCAGAGAGAAAAGCCACAGAUGCUGAGAACGGUUGAGUUCAUCAAAAGCCACCCAGAGUUCCUGACUCUCCGGGUGCUGGCUGAGAACAAAAUUGAGCUCAUGGAGGAUUUCACAUUGGUGGACAUACUCUACAAUGUUCUCAGGCUCAAUGUGGAACCAUAUGAUUCUCUUGUUCAGCAUUUGGUCUCAGAGGCUUGGCUUAGAUUAUACAGAUUUCCGAUGCCAUCACUGUCCAAGUUUGCUGUCUGCCUAAGUGAUCAACGUCUGCAGCACAGUCCUCUGAUGGGUCAGAUCACUGACGUUUUGAAUCAAAAACUCUCCGCAAUUGAUGAUGCAAGGAUCCUGACAACCCUGAUGGUCAGCGUGUCACCUUUGGUGUCUCCUCAUCUGCGGGAUGCACUCAUUGUAAAGGCAGAUAGUCUCCUGGACACCAUGGAUCCCUCCCACUACAACAACCCCAGGAGGGUGGUGCAGUUUCUGCGCAACAUUAAGUAUAGUUACCGUCCCCUGCUGGAGAAGUGCAACCAUAUUCUCCUGCGCAAUAUUCCCCACCUGGAUGCAGAGAACAUUAGCAUCAUCAUGGGGCUCUACCAGUCGCUGCAGUUCAACAACUGUGACUUCCGCCUGGCUGCAAAACAGAGGCUAAUGGAACUAGUGGACUCGAGCACAGACCCAUUCUCCUUCACUAAGCUGUUUGUUGCUCUUGGGCCUAUGGCAGGGCAGGACACCAAAGAGAGGCUGGAGAGUACAACACUGCUUUUGGCAGAGGAGUUUAAUGCCCAGCAGGCCCUGGUUGUGGCAGAGACACUGGAGGAGAUUCAGUGUAGAAACCUGCAUCUGAUCCAAAAGAUUGUAUCAGUAGUCCAUAAGAACCUGCAUGUCUACAAGCCCAUUGAGAUAGCCAGGAUCACACAAGCCCUGAUCCUGCUGCAGUACCAGAGUCCAGAGCUCUUCACUAAAUUAAGGAACAUCCUAGUUCACUUCUUGCAGGACAGUGUCUACCCAUAUGAAGUGACCAUGCUGACUCGUGUUCUGUCCAUGCUACCUUCACCUCAACUCGACGAAGGCGUCAUUUCACGGGUGGAGGCAGUGCUGCCCCAGUGUAAUCUGAAUGACCUCAACACCUUUGCAAUGGCCGUCGCUAAGUGGGUGCGCAAUGACCCAUCCUACCGACACAACACGCCCAGCAAGUACGUGCGUCUGCUACAGACACUGAACCGCUGUGGGCAUGAGCGUCUGCUCAAGGCUGACCGCCUGGACUUGGUGUUGGAGGAGCUCAAGUACAUGUCAGGGGAAUGGUUUGAGGAGAUGCUGCUGGAGGAGACCAUGGUUACGCUCCAGAGGCUGGAGAAUCAGAUAUCCUGGGCCAAUGUGCCUGAGAUGGCCCUUUUCCUGACCAGGACUAAUCACCUCUGUAUUCCAUUAAUGGACCGCAUAGCUAGCGUGACCAUGGAGCACAUCAACAAGAUUCACUACUCAGCAACUUAUGCCACCUUGCUGCCCUUUGCUAUACUGAAUUAUAAUCCACCAAGGGUGGAUAAGAUGUUUGACAUCUGCAUUCAGCACUUCAUACCUCAUAUCAGUUUCUUUGACCCCCAUCUGCUGGUACUUCUUGCAUACGCCCUGGCUGUGGCUGAUUGCUUCCCAGAGGACCUGAUUCGAGAAAUCUUCAACGUGGAUUUCCUUGCCAAGCUGGAUUCCCAGUUAGAAACCCUGCCUGACGCCCAAAACAUGCGGAUCCGCCUGCGUCUCAUGGAGCUAAAUCGGGCUGUGUGUCUGGAGUGUCCAGAGUUCCAGGUACCCUGGUUCCACGAGCGUUACUGCCAACAGUUGCAAAAGAAAAGGAAUGGUUCUAUCAGUCCUUUACAACAACAAAUUCACAAAAUGCUUGGGGAGGUUCUUGGAGAGAUUAAUUGUGCCAGAGUGGCAGUGCUCACUCCUUAUUUCUACAAAGUAGACUUUGAAUGUGUUCUGGACAGACAACACCAGGCAGUGGCCUACAGUGAGCUAAGCCAGCUACAGAUAUCUGACGAUGAGAAGGUCCGCUGGGGUUCUGACUCUGUAGGGAAGGAGAGGAGUGAGUUCCCUCCAGGGGCACAACGUGUUGCUGUGGACUUCUUGGAGUCCAAAUCCUUCUGCAAACAGUCUCGUCACAUGAAAGGGGAAGCCAUGAUGAGAAAGAGACAUCUGGAGAUUCUGGGAUAUCAUGUUGUCCAGAUCCCUCAUUUUGAAUGGAACUCUAUGGAGCUCUCCACACAGGAUGCAUGGAAGGAAUACCUUAGGAAGAAGAUCAUUACUGAGCUUCCCUGAAGCACCUAGAUGUUGAAUCAAUGACGCGUUAUAUUGCUUUUGCUACUGAUGUGAGAGAAAAAGUCUGCCUUUGGAAAUGUAUAUUUGCAGGCAGAUCAUUGACAAUUGAUGUUAAGCAUCAGCUGUUUAUCAAGUGCUCCUUAUUGCCUUCUCCAAAUCCUAGAGUGGACAUGGCGUUAUGUCACCUCUUGCCAAGAGAGAUUGUAUCAUAUGAAGUGUAACGUUUGUCAAAUAAUAAUACAUGUUUGUAAUAAGAAAUAGCAUUGUUUUUGUGGUUUUGAUUCAUCCAAUUAAUCUGUCCCACAUAAAUCAAAUACAU